GGAAAUUUCCCUAGCAGCUCCAUCGAACCAUUAAUAUUCUACGGCGUUUUGUAGCGAUAAGGCAGGACUUUCGCACACUUACAAUGAGCUUAAGAAGAGAUUUCGUUUCAAGGGUGCAGAAGGAGCUAAAACAACUGCAGUUCACGAAGCCUCAUGGAAUCGAAGUGACACUUCCAUCUGACAGUCUCCAGCUAUGGGAGGCUGUUGUUCCGGGACCUAAAGACUCCUAUUAUGAUGGAGGACUGUUUAAAGUUCAAGUUUAUUUACCUGAAAAUUAUCCUCUUGGACCUCCGUCGGUUCGUUUUCUGUCUCCGAUAUAUCACGUGAAUGUUAGCCCGUCAAGUGGUCACGUGUGCCUGGGAUUUCUCACCGAAGAGAGCUGGUUACCAACCCGAUGUGUUCAAGAUGUUUUGAAUGGAGUAUUCGCUCUUCUCAUUCGUCCUGAGUUGGCGAACGCCGCUGAUCACACACUGCUUGAGAUGUACAAUAAGAACAAAGUGGUAUACGAACAAAAGGCCAGGAAGAGUGCUUUGAACACCAAAUGAAUAAAAAAAAAUGAAGUUUGUUACAUUUGAAAA